CAGAAUUGCAAGUAUACCAUAAAACCGAAUGCCUUCGCAACUUACCUCAGUCGUUUCAAGAAUGUGGUCAAAGCAGCUUUUAGUUAUAUUUUUUUUAAACUAUUUAUUAAAAUCACAAAGUGUUGAAGUAACCACUUCCUUAGGGAAAAUUUUAGGGUCGACACAUACAACACGAUUGGGGAAAACCAUCUUUGCUUUUAGAGGAAUUCGCUAUGCAAAGGCGCCAACGAAUGAACUCCGAUUUAAGCCUCCUGUUCCGGUUGACCCUUGGCCUGGAACCUACAAUGCAACAGAAGAUGGCCCUGUUUGUCCCCAACCUGUCUUAGUUCCCGCCUCGGAAGACUGUCUCUUCCUCAAUGUUUACACCACUCAACUGUCUGCUAAACGCCCGGUAAUAAUCCAUUUGCAUGCCGGUGGUUUCUACAGUGCCACAGGACGCAGCAACUGGGGCGGACCCCAAUAUUUCCUAGACCAGGACAUUGUUUUAGUCACCCUAAACUACCGAAUCGGUUCUUUGGGUUUCCUCAGUUUGGGAAAAGAACUUCCAGGGAACAACGGACUUCGCGACCAAGUAGUCGCCAUGAAAUGGGUCAAACAACACAUCGAACAUUUUGGGGGGGAUCCAAAUUCUGUAACUCUUUAUGGCUACAGUGCAGGCGCUUGGAGCAUUAACCUCCAUAUGGUAUCGCCCAUGUCGCGUGGUCUAUUCCAUAAAGCAAUCCUUGGAAGUGGGUCAGCUGUUGGACAAUGGCCUUUGCCCAAAAACCAAAUAGAAGUGGCCAAAAGACAAGCCCGAGCUCUAAAUUGUUCGGAUAAUAACUCCCAAGAAAUCCUGGACUGUUUGAAAACGAAAUCGGCCGAAGAACUUGGCAAUUCUUUGUUCCAGAUGAUGGAAUUUGGGAUUAAUCCCGUUCUGAUUUGGUCGCCUGUUAUUGAAGAAGAUUUCGGACAGGAACGUUUUCUCCCAGACGAUCCCUUCAAACUAAUUAAAAAGGGAAAUUUUGAAAAAAUCCCAAUAAUCCUGGGGGUGACCCAAGAUGAGUUUGCAAAUAUGGCAUUUCCAAUGUUAAGCAACGCAACGCUGUUGCAAAUGUUAAGCGACAACUUUGAAAAAUAUGCACCGAUUUGUUUCAUUUAUGAAAGAGAGACACCAAAAUCGAGACAAGUCAGUAAAGGCAUUCGGAAGUUUUAUUUUAAUGAUGAACCUUUAACCAAUGAUUCCUUCAAAGGUUUAGCUGAUGCUUACGCCGAUUUGGUGGGAUUUCAAGUCAAUCGGGCAGCAAAUUUAAUAUCGCAGUACAGCACCCAAUCUGUUUAUUAUUACAAGUUUUCGUACCAAGGACGGUACAGUCAUUUUUAUUUACCUGAUUCGAAUGGAACCAUACCUUAUGGAGUGGUACAUCAUGAUGAUUUGAUUUACUCGUUCUAUAUUUCUACACUUUUUCCCUUUUUCAAUGCAUCUUUUCCUGAAAAAGAGAUGGUGCAAACACUGACGACUUUGUGGGCCAAUUUUGCUAAAACGGGAAAUCCAGUUAGUGAGAAUAAAGGAACAACUGCAUUUCCGAUAUGGACUCCCUAUGAUACAAAAUCUAGGAAAUACUUAGAUAUCGGCGAAAAACUUGUAAUAAAGGGAAAUAUGUUUAAAGAAAGAUAUGAUUUUUGGAGUAAAUUUUAUCCGAUUUGUAACUGCGUUUAAAAACAACUGGAACAAGAACUAUGUAAUAUCCGUUAUUUGAUUUUUUUAUUCAAUAAAAAAUUGGCCAUGUGUCUCAUUAUUUAAAAUA